AUGGCCAACGAGUGUGCUCCCGGGUGGUUCGAGCACGGCUCCAGCUGCUACAAGAAGGAGGUGGUGAAGCCCAACGGUUGGCUGGGGGCCCGGCACCACUGCGUCUGGCAGGGCGGCGACCUGCUCUCCAUCACCUCCUCGGCCGAGGAGGACUUUGUGAAGCGCACCAUGGGCAACACCCGCUUCUGGCUGGGACUCUCCAACCAGAAAUGCGACAACAUCUUGUGUGACUUCGAAGGCGGGACCCAGAAGCUGACCUGGUCCGAUGGCGAGACAAUGACAUACACCAACUGGGCCUCAGACCAACUUAAAAGUUGGCUCGGAGAAAAGAAGAAGUGCAACAACUACGAGUGGACUGACGGAACAGCUUCUGACUACGGAAAAACUGCCUACGGCUCAUCUGGUGACUGUUCAAGAUUGGACGGAAACAAAGACCUGGACAGAAACUUUGGUUGCCAGAAUACAUACCCACCGGUCUGCAAAACAGCCAAGCGCGGAGGGCCUCCACAGCUGCCACCAUUAGUCGGCCAGCCGGACUGGACUGAGAAAUGCGGCUGGUGGAUGGACUACCCCAAGAGCGACUUCUGCUACCUGAUGAUCCGCCAGUCCACCGAGACCUGGCAGGAGGCGCAAGCCAACUGCCAACACCUCCACGGGAACCUGCUCAGCAUCACCGAAGACCAUGAGCAGACCUUUGUGCAUGGUUACUUCACGGGUCUGACGAACGCAUCCUCUCUGUGGUUGGGCGCCAAUGUCGCCAUCAGUGACGAAGGCAGCACGUGGGCUGACGGAGCCUCGUUCACUUACGGCCACUCGACUUCAGGUCUGUCGGAGACGGUUGUCUGCUGCCAUUUGGAGGAACGGAGGAGCACUGAGAUCUUCUCUCCCGCCCCCCAGGUUCCCCCCAGGAUAAUUGUCUCUCCUUCCUCACUGGCAACGGCAACUGGCACUACGACUCGUGCAACGAGAAGAGAGGUUACGUCUGCAAGAAGAGAGGAAAUGUAAAAGACGCUACGCCGGCUCCUGACUCCAACAAGUGCGCUCCCGGGUGGCUCGACCACGGCACCAACUGCUACAAGAAUGUGGAGGAGCCCAACGGUUGGCUGGGGGCCUGGCACCACUGCGUCCGGAUGGGCGGCGACCUGCUCUCCAUCACCUCCUCGGCCGAGGAGGACU